AUGGGUUUCCCAUCUUUCGCGGCAUCAAACGCCGUCAUAUACGUCACUUAUGGCGCUUUCCUAAUCAUGGGAACUGGAAUCGCUUGGAAGAUGAGAAACCAGUCCAAGGCCGACUUUCUCUCUGGCAAUGGAACUCAGACGGCCUUUCCUCUGGCCCUCAACUUCAUCGCUUCCGCACUCGGUUCCGGUAUUCUCUUCUCGUACCCCGAGCUGGCCACAAUCUCUGGUGUGCAGGGCAUGAUGGUGUACGCUCUUGCGUCCUCGCUUCCUAUGCUCAUCUUUGGCUACCUUGGUCCUAUCAUCCGACGCCGAUGCCCCGAAGGCUUCGUCCUCACUGAGUGGACUCGACAGCGAUAUGGCGUUAUCACUAUGCUGUACUUGAGCUUCAUGUCAAUGGUAACUCUAUUCCUAUACAUGGUCUCCGAGCUCUCCGCUAUCGGCCAGGUGGUUCAAGCCUUGACCGGCCUCGACCCCCUUCCGGUCAUGAUUGUUCAGUGUGUUAUCACUACCAUCUAUACCUCCCUUGGUGGGUUUAGGAUCUCCUUCAUUACAGAUGUUGUUCAAGGUACCAUGGUUAUUGGCCUUGUCAUCAUCGCUGCCAUCACUAUUGGUGCCAAGACUGAGAUCCAGCGACCUCUCAUCGACGAGUCCGGUCUUACCAAGCCCAACCUUCUCGGCUGGCAGCUUCUCUACAUCCUUCCUGUUGCCGUUCUGACCAACGACUUCUUCCUUUCGUCUUUCUGGCUGCGAACCUUUGCUUCCAAGACUGAUAAGGAUCUCCGAAUUGGAACCACUAUUGCCACGAUUGUCAUCCUGUGCGUUCUUACCCUCGUUGGUUCCACUGGUCUCAUCGCUGUUUGGUCAGGAGCCUUGCCUCUUGAAGACAGUGCCGGUUCUGGCUCAGUUGCCUUCUUCGUCCUUCUCGAGACCCUCCCCAGCUGGGUCGUUGGCAUUGUUCUCGUCAUGGUUGUCACCAUGAGCACAGCUGCCUUUGACAGUCUUCAGUCUGCCAUGGUCUCGUCAGGCUCCAACGAUCUGUUCCGUAACAAGCUCAACAUCUGGUACAUCCGAGCCAUUGUGGUGCUCAUCAUCAUUCCCGUCAUUGCCAUUGCUCUCAAGGCCCCGUCUGUUCUUCAGAUCUGGCUCAUCACCGAUCUCAUCUCUGCUGCCACUAUUCCCGUCCUUGUGAUCGGUCUUGUUGACAAGUUCUACUGGUGGCACGGCUUUGAGGUUGUUGUAGGAGGUCUUGGUGGUAUUUUGACCGUCUUCAUCUUCGGUUGUGUUUACUAUGGAAACGCCCAGGAGGCUGGAGAACUCCUCCUUGUGCAGAAGGGUCUGUACGGCAAUGAUUGGAGUGCAUUUGGCGCCUUUGUCGCUGCACCUGUUGGUAGUCUUCUUUGGGGCUUAGGGGCUAUGGUUGUUCGCAUUACUUUCCAGUAUGUGUAUGCCAAGGUCCGCGGACAUCGCUUUGAUGCUCUGGACCGUCCCCUGAAUCUGCGUCCCGCCAGCAGGGAUGAUGAUACCCCUUCUGAGAACCUUGUGUCUCAGACCACAGGCAAGUUCUUCUAA